CGAGCUUCAAUUUCUCGUUGACCCACACUAAAUUAUCGCGCGACACGGUACGGUUUUUUGUCCCUUGAUUUUCUCAUCGAGCAUCAUCUAGAUUCGUUCUACUUUGCUUGGUUAGGUUUUCGGUUGAUGAACCUUUCCUCGAACCGUUAGCACAAUGAGCUUCUCGAAGCUGCCAUCGCGAAGAAAAAAACCGAUUCUCUUAUUGCGAAAAUCGCUUUUGCUUAGUGUUUCAGCGUUUCAGAAAUGAUAAUGAUGGGUUCGAACCAUGAAUUCAAUAACCCUUUUAGUUCAUAGAAUGGUUCAGAAAAUUUCUCAUUGUUUGAACAUUUCGCGGAAAUUAUGUGACCAACCGUUUCACAGUGAUGAAGGGGUUGUUAGAAGCGGUUAUGAAUUGGUUGAGGAGCCUUUGAAGAAAAUGUUUGUAGCUACGUGUGAAAGCGUUGAUUAUGAUAGAAAGCAAAAUUUACAUUUUAGAGAUGGGUUCUUAGAAAGUGUAAGGAUGGAUGUGGAGAGGGUUCUUGAGGUUUUUCAUAAAGAUAGCGUUGAAUUUGAUUUUCGGGUGGCCUUAGAUGAGUUGCGUGUGAGGCCGUCGGGAAUUCUUGUGAGAGAGGUCUUAUAUGGGGUGUUGAGAGAGGUGAACUGUGAAAAUAAGGGCAGGUGUGCUAAAUUGGCGUUUAAGUUUUUCGUGUGGUGUGGUCAGCAGGAGGGUUACUGGCACACUGCCAAUUCGUAUCACUUGGUUAUGAAGAUAUUCGCGGAGUGUGAGGAGUUUAAGGCAAUGUGGAGGCUUGUUGAUGAGAUGAUUGAGAGAGGUUUUCCGGCCACUGCACGGACUUUCAACAUUUUGAUUUGUGCUUGUGGGGAGGCAGGUUUUGCUAGGAAGUUGGUGGUGAAGUUCAUAAAGUCGAAGUCGUUUAACUACCGGCCUUUCAAGCACUCAUAUAACGCGAUUCUCCAUUGUCUUCUCGCUUUGAAGCAGUACAAGUUGAUUGAGUGGGUUUACCGACAGAUGUUGCUUGAGGGUCUUUCCUCGGAUGUAUUAACUUAUAAUAUUGUCAUGUUUGCUAAGUACAGGCUUGGGAAGUUGAAUCAGUUCCACAGGCUGCUUGACGAGAUGGGUAGAAAUGGCCUUUCUCCGGAUUUUCAUACUUAUAACAUUCUUCUUCAUGUUCUUGGUAAAGGAGACAAACCACUUGCUGCUCUUAAUCUUUUAAAUCGCAUGAGAGAAACAGGUACAGAGCCAACUGUUCUUCACUUCACCACGUUGAUAGAUGGACUGAGCAGAGCUGGAAAUUUGGAUGCUUGCAAAUAUUUUUUUGAUGAAAUGAUGAAGAACGGGUGCGUGCCGGAUGUGGUGGCAUACACAGUAAUGAUCACAGGAUAUGUGGUGGCUGGUGAGCUUGAGAAAGCUCAGGAAAUGUUUAAUGAGAUGAUUUUUAGAGGGCAAAUCCCAAACGUAUUUACAUACAAUUCUAUGAUUCGAGGAUUAUGUAUGGCGGGAAAGUUUGAUGAAGCAUGCUCAAUGCUCAAGGAAAUGGAGACCAGAGGUUGUAGUCCAAAUUUUGUUGUCUAUACUACGUUAGUGAGUAGUCUGCGGAAUGCUGGAAAGCUUGCUGAAGCUCAUCAAGUGAUAAGACAGAUGAUGGAGAAGGGGAAGUAUGUCCACCUUCUUUCAAGGUUCAAAGGGAAAGGACAUAAGAGAUAGUCAGAUGGUAGAUUGUCUGGUUGGUGAUAUCAACUCAUGGGGCAUCAAUUUAUUCAUCUGGUUAACUGAGACCAAUUACCUGCUGGUGUAGAAGCUGGAGAAAUAAAAUUUUGAACUAUUAAGAUUGAAAGCAAUUGGAGCAAUGAGUUGUUGUUGGUCACCUGGUUCAUUGGUCAAUUUCCUCAAAUCUGAAGCAGGCGAUAACAGCAUAAAAUUGCGCUAAAUACUAUUGCCAAGAGCUAGAUGUGCAGUAUUUCAUUUUGUUUCUUUCCACACACAUGCUUAAGUUGGUUGCUUUGCUUCUGGCGCUUCAAAGACAGCCAUUUUGUCUGCUCUCUUGUUCCGGAUGAACAUUGAGAAGCGUAUCCUGUUACUGUUUGAUUAUUGUUUGGCUGGCUCAUUUGUUGGCAAGAUAUCAUGUGCUGAGUUAACUGUAACUCAUGAUAGGCAUCUUCUGUCAUCAUCCAGAAUGUAGCGAGCAGUGUGUGCUGAUUCUCAACACCUAGAUGCCAUCCUAGACAUGUAUGAAUCCUAUUGCGGUUUUGCCUAUGCAAUAUGCAGUAUUCACCUUGCAGGACAUGCUCUAUUGGAUGCUAUUUCUGACAUAUCUGAAUGCUAUUGCUUGUGCAGUAUGCUAUAUGCACCUUGCACUACAUGAUCUAUUGCAGAUAGAUACCACCCUCUUUUUUGGCCUCGGAAAAGUAAAAACACUUCCUUCUGUAUAACAAUUUACAAAUAGGAUUGAAGAUACAAAGUGGAAAGCAAUUUUCAAACCUGAUAGUUCUGUCAACCUUAUUAGUGCAAGCUUUAACUUUGAAACCUAUGCAGUUGUUUUUGUUGUACGCCAACUUCCAUUACCUAUUAUUUGUUUCGAAAUUUCCUAGGUAGAAAUCACAAAUGUGUGAUUUUUGUAUACGCAUUCUUCUGCUAACCUAAUGAGAUUGGAAGCUGAGAAACAGUCCAAUGAUCCCUAAUGAUGACUUUUAUGUAAUUGCAUACUUCAUGAUAU